UGCUGCCCAACACUGCACCGGGCAAUAUAUAACAUAUAUAUGCAUGCCGCGGUGCAGUGGCACACACAUACCACGCUCUUUGGCACCAUGGCGACUACUCCGGCGAUCGUCGCGGCGCUGAUCUUGGCGGCAGCACAGCUGGCGAGCGCGAGAUACCACCGGCAGCCGGCAGCGUCCUUCAAGACGUCCGAUUGGCACGACGGCAGCGCCACCUUCUACGGCGACUCCUCCGGCCUCGGCGCCGACUUCGGCGGCGCGUGCGGGUUCGGCGCCAACGACAUCGUCUCGCUCUACUCCACGAACACGGCGGCGCUGAGCACGCCGCUCUUCGCCCAGGGCAACGGGUGCGGCCAGUGCUACGAGCUCCGCUGCGUCAAGUCCCCCUGGUGCAACCCGGGAUCGCCGUCGGUGAUCGUCACCGGCACCAACCUGUGCCCGCCCAACUGGUACCUCCCCAACGACAACGGCGGCUGGUGCAACCCGCCGCGGCGGCACUUCGACAUGGCCCCGCCCUCCUUCCUCAGGCUCGCGCAGAGAGUAGCCGGCAUCGUCCCCGUCCAGUUCCGCAGGGUGCCGUGCCAGAGGACGGGCGGCGUGAGGUUCUGCCUGCAAGGCAACCCCUACUGGCUGCUGGUGUACGUCAUGAACGUCGCCGGCAGCGGCGACGUCUACGACCUGGCGGUGAAGAGGGCUGGCGACUCCGAUGGCUCCUACGUCCCGGCGACCCACAACUGGGGGAUCACGUACCAGGUGUUCGCCGCUCUGGGCAACGAUCAGGGGCUCGUCGUCAAGAUGACCAGCUACAGCUCGCCGCAGAAGACAAUCAUCGUCAACGACGCCAUCACCGCCGGCUGGACCGCAGGGCUCUGCUACCAGGGAUCCAACAACUUCUAUUGAUCAAAACCGAUCGAUCGAUCUACAACAGUCCGAAUCAAUCUCUUCGUUUUGUUCUCAUAUUCUGGCCCUGCGAGCGUUGAUAAACUCUCUUUGGUUUCAUAUAGGAUGGUGCUAAUUCACCUUCUCCGAUGCGUUUUCCUUAAAAAAAUUGUUAAAUGUAUCGUAUGUUUUGUACUUGCUAUCUAUGAUUGAGUACAGUAUAUAUCCCUUAAA